UAACACAUAUGCCAGAUUCGCAAAGAUUCUCCUGUACCACAUGAUUGUCUCACGACCACCUAAACAAAAGAGGUGGAUGCAAGGACUGAGGACUUUUCCUAGAAAGCCUUCUGUGAUGAAACACCACAAAACCAGAGCAGACAUGAGGUCGCUGAGCCCACCCCACCUCCUUCCUCUCCUGAGAGCUAAAAAGAGCAAGGAGGGCACCCCCACAGCUCAGACCUGGGCAGCCUCCCUGAUGCAUCCGCUCCUGCUCCCACUCCUGCUGGCCUUCCUCCUGCCCCCCAGGGCAGAGGCAGGGGAGAUCAUCGGGGGACAUGAGGCUAAACCCCACUCCCAUCCCUACAUGGCCUUUCUUCAGUUCUGGAAUCAAGGGUGCCUGAAGAGAUGUGGCGGUUUCCUGAUACGAGAUGACUUUGUGCUGACAGCCGCUCACUGUUGUGGAUGCUUCAUGAAUGUCACCCUGGGAGCCCACAACAUCAAGAAGCAGGAGAAGACCCAGCAGGUCAUCCAUGUGAGAAGACGCAUUCCCCACCCAGACUAUAAUGAUAGCACCUUGGCCAAUGACAUCAUGCUGCUGCAGCUGGAGAAAAAUGCCAAAUGGACUCCAACUGUGCGGCCCCUCAAGCUGCCCAGGGUCACAGACAGGGUGACACCGGGGAUGGUGUGCAGUGUGGCCGGCUGGGGCCGGACUUCUCCAGAGGCCAAAAUCUCAGACACACUGCAGGAGGUGAUGCUGACAAUACAGAGGGACCAGGAGUGUGAAUCCCGCUACCAUGAGCAGUACAUCAGGAAAACCCAGAUUUGUGUGGGGGACCCAAAGCUAAUAAAGACUUCCUUUAAGGGCGACUCCGGGGGCCCUCUGGUGUGUAACAAGGUGGCCCAGGGCAUUGUCUCCUAUGGAAAGAAGGAUGGGAGACCUCCACAAGGCUACACCAAGGUCGCAAGUUUCCUACCCUGGAUAAAAAAAACCAUGAGAAGCCUCCAACUACAGGAAGCAGACUAAGCCCCUCUGUGAAUGAUCAAGUUCUCUGGAUCUCAGUCCAGAUUUAUACUGGGGGAGGUGACAGUAACUGAAUAAAUGUGCCCCAACUGAGCAGGAA